CUACCUUGAAUUCCUCAUGCAACCUUGUUUUUUUCACACCAAAAGAGACAAGAUGUAUCCUGUGAUCCUCCGCCCCGGGAUGUCCGCACUAUCCUCCACUUUUCAGUUUGUACAAGUGGUCCUCAUCAUCUAAGUGAUCCUAACCAUUGGUACAGGGCAAUGAACUACACCAGAUGGGAAGAUCUUAGCAACCCAUCUGGGUCAUUUUUUGUCACAGGUGGACCAUUGCUAUAUUUAUCCUAAACCAACCAUCAGAAUCGUCCUCCUGCAAGAUUUUUGUUUCCGGGUCUAUUCCUGGUGGGUACAACAAUAUCACUGGUCUAGAUCUACGCAACAUGGUCCCAUUAAAAAUAAAAAAAUAAAAAAAAAGAGAGAAGCUAAUAUCAUGUGGACCCCACAAUUCCUCAGGAAUUCCCCACCCCUAGAACAAGAAAAAAUUGCACAAUCGACACUAUUCAAAACAAAAGACAUCCAAAAUUCCAAAAAACCCUAAUACAAUUCCUAAGUAAAAAUUCUAGAUAUUUCCACCCAAAGAUUCUCACAAACAUAGUGCCCUCCGCCCUCUCUACUAUAUUUUCCACUCUCUUCUGCACCUAUAAUUCCCCUUGACCACUUUAACUACCAGCUAACCGUUUUAAGUGGAACAACUACCACUACCAUCUCAACCAUGGGUUCACUACCAUCGCCACCCCACCCACUUCCGUCCACAGAGAAUUCAGCUUCGGACUGUAGAGUGUACGCCUCCUUCUGCUCGAGAUCGCCUACACCUGGCCCGAACACGUGUAAUUGGAUGGAAUCCUAUAAUCCAUCCGACAACACGUGGCGCCAAAUAGGGACCAUUCCUGGCCUCGCAGACAACCAUGUUCUCAAGGGCUUCGCCAUGGUCGCCAUUCGGGACGCUGUAUACAUAAUCGGCGGUCGAUUGUGCAGGAAGGAGGGAGGGGACGGCUGUGAUGAUGCGAUCGAGGUGGAUGUGGCUGUCCUAACGACAGUGCUACGGUACAAUGUCCAAACUAAUGAAUGGGCCCAGUGUGUUCCACUUGGCACACCUAGAUUCGAUUUCGCGUGCACCGUGUGUGAUGAUAAGAUCUACGUGGCAGGGGGGAAAUGCACGUUGGCAUGUGAAAGGGGGAUCCGUUGUGCUGAGGUGUAUGAUCCAGCUCUGGACGAGUGGAACUGCUUGCCUAACAUGAGCACUCUGAGGUACAAAUGUGCGGGUGUGACGUGGCAAGGGAAGAUCUACGUGGUUGGGGGAUUUGCUGAAAUGGGUGAUUCGGACAAGACGGUCCCGUUUCGGAUGGAGCGAAGCUCUGCUGAGGCGUUUGACACGCGGCGCGGGGAGUGGGACCUGAUGCGGGGGAUGUGGCAACUUGACGUACCACCUAAUCAGAUCGUAGCCGUUAAUGAUAGGCUAUACAGCUCUGGGGACUGCCUGAACACGUGGAAGGGCCACAUCGAGGCCUAUGAUGGGAAGCUGAACAUAUGGAAUAUAGUGGAGCGCUCCCACUUGAAGAACUUAUCUUCACCAUUCGACACAACAGAUGCUAACGAGUCAGGUGGGGGCCACAUCCAUAGGGUCUAUCUCACAAUGGCACCCGUCGGGGCCCAGCUGUAUUUCCUGGCUGGCUACCGCCUUCCGGGGGAGCUGUUCAGAUCGAUGUCAGCCGUCCACACGUUCGACACGUCGGCAGCGGUUGAUGCAUGGAGGAGCUUUGAACCAAUGGAAGAAGAGAUGGACAAAGAGCUGUGCAGCCACUGUUGUGUGGUACGAGUCUCAUAG